AUGACCAAGCUAAAGUUAGAGAUACUCAUUAUUCCAUUGAAUUAUGAAAAUGAACCAACUAGCACAAUAGACCCCAUUGUUUGUAAACAUCUUCUACUUUUGGCAGAUCCAACAAACGAUCUUAACGAAUUUAAACAACAUAUUGAAACGAGGUACAGAAAGUUGUAUCCCGCUGAAGAUAAGCUCCAGAUUAAAGGAUUUCAAGAUAAGCAUGUUAGCGAUUUAGAUCCUGAUUAUCGUCUUUGUGAUGUCUUUAUGUCAGGCGAUAUUUUAAGGGUUAUUGUGAAGAAUCAAUUUAAAAUAAAUAACUCAUCUCCAUCUUCGAGUAUUGGAGACAAAUUUUUGAAUCUAGUAUCAACACUACCAGACUUUGAUUGCAGCGAAGAUGUUUAUACCUAUGAGAUUGUUGGUGAUGAUGAUCUUUUUCGUGUUCUUUAUGUCAUUCAACAAAUUCUGCUAUGGUUCUCACAUGGGUAUGAUUCCAACCACUUCAAAUGCAAACAUCAUCGAUUCAAAAAAACCAAACAUCCUGGAGUCUUGUCUGAUACCCAACCUUGUAAGGCCUUUAUCAAAUUGUUCUUCAAGGAUGGUAAAUGGUUAUUAUUGUGGCGAUUUCGUCACGACCCCCACGAUUGUGUGACUGAUGGUUAUUUCAAUGACCAUCAAGAGGAUUUAAGAAUGCAGAAAUUUAUACUUGAUAAUUAUACACGUUUAAAUUGGGAUGAAAUCAAGAAGAAGGAAAUUGGAAAUUAUGUUGCACACCAGAAAGAUUUAUUUGAGAAAUACCACAAUCUGAUUUACCUUUUCCAUAAGCACAUUUAUUAUAGAGUUCAUCAAUUUGACAUUCAUUCGGAGGUUUUUGAAUCUUUUAAAUCAAAGCAAUCAGUGUUUGAAGAUGCGUCUUUUAAAGAAUUUGAUAAAGUUGAGGGUAAGCCAUGGUCUAUAGUACUCAUGUAUUCACCUGCAAGCGAGAAGGAAAUUUUACAUGUAGCUUCUAUCGAUGGGUUGCCUUGUGAUAUUAUUCGUCCAAAGAAUCUUAAGGACUACGAUGGUACUAUUACAUUGGUAAGUGUCUUAUCACGUUGUAGUAUUACUGGGAGAGAAAGUCCAAAAGUUUUCAUGGUGACAAAUUUGGUUUGUGACGUCACCUUGGAUUAUUUGUUUGAAAGAGCAAAGGAUUGCUUCAAGGAUGCAAGGGGGUUAGUUAUCGAAUGUCAGUUUGAAUUCUUGAAGUCCAUUAAAAAAAUUCUCCCUCAGAUACCAAUCAGAUUUUGUCCCUUAUCAAUGAACAGUUCGCUUUCACAAGGGUGGGUUCGUUUUGAGAAGAUACCAGAUUUAUCUAAGGCAUCCCUCCUAAUUGAAUUCUUUCGCAUUGCCAAUCUCAAAGAUAGACUGUUGGUUGCGAACGAAUGGCUGCGUUUCAUGCUAGAAUAUUCUGGUUCACCUCAUUGGAUUGAUUGUUUAGAAGGUUGGUUUGAAUUAAAGGGUUAUUGGUUACUGGCAUAUUCAGCAAUUCCCCAAGAAUCUAAUAACUUUGUUUACAAGUUUCAUGAUAAGGUAAGAGAUGAAUACAUUGGCCAUCUCAAAUGGAAACAUUUCUCCAACCUUCUAGAUGUUCUUGUCACCGUUGUCACUGAUAUUCGUAGCACCAUUUCAGAAGUUAUGGAUAGGAAGACUCCUAGACUUUUGUCAAGAAUUGAAGAUGAUACAUUGAAGUUAUUGAGAAAGCAGAAAGAUACAUCUGCUGAAGAUUUUAAUCCAUCCCCUCUUAAUCCAGGGAUUUCUUAUAUUAAGUUGAAAGGUGACUAUGAUUCUUACGAGGUCAUACAUAAUGGUGAUUAUUCCUACGAAUGUACUUGUGAUAGAGAUUAUCCAUUUGAGAAUUAUUGCGAACACAUUUUGAAUACAAUUAUUAACAAUACAGAUGACAAUACGGACGAUCUUCAGUUGGAAGUUGGUACCAAUGGUUAUACUUUUCCUUAUAAGUAUGCUAUAGAAAUCAUUGAUGUCGAACUGGUUCCAGAAAUAAGUUCCAUUUUUCCAAACAACUACUGGAAUUGUAUUCGUCAUGUAUCGGACCAAUUCUCAAGAUGUGAUUUUACCCAAAUUGAUUUAGCUACUUUAUCUGAUGAAGAUCCUAACGAGGUAGGAGGUAUUCUGGCACUCGAUUCGAGAGCAGAUUCUUUGGGGCUGGUUCGGAAUUUUGUCAAGAGAAGACUUAGAAAUCAAGAGUUUCCAAAAGCCAAGAGAGUUGAGCUUGAUAAUUGUAUUGAUAAAUUUGUGAAAUCAAACCAUGUUUUUAUGUUUAGAAUUGGGUACAAAUGCCACUAUGGAAGGAUGUUUGGAUGCAAAUGA